AUGUCCGUUGCUUCUAAAGAUACUGGCAACGCGGGGCGUGCACGGCGAGUGUCCCAGCCCCCAGCGUACGUGCGCGCGGCAUAUCAGCUUGCAACUCCUCGGGGACGCAUGCCAAGGGGGACUCGCGUGCCGGCCGUGCCAAAGCUUUUGGCCAUUACCAGAGCGGAGGGAGGCGGAAAUGCAAUUCGUGAUGGUGAUGACGGUGUGAUGUGCAGUUUUAAAGAAAUGGUCGGCAAACAAGCGCUGGUGAGUGACUCGCCCGAUUCGCGUACCAAUAGCGACGGUGCUCCUCGUCAGGCGAACCGGAAUCGAGGCGAGGAUUUUGAAGGGGGCAUACAGGCACACAUCGUGAACAAUAUAAACGCUUUCGAAGAGGAGGAUGACGAGGAUGUGGGUGACGCAAUGCGCACGAUGUUCGAAAGCAACGCGAGAGUCUCCAACGAUGCUAUGGACACGCAUGGCGAGGAAGUGCGCGUUUCCGCGGGAGUAUUCAAGAGCCACCUUAAGUCGCAGGACGAGAGCGCGCAGAAGGUGGCCCGCUUGGAAACUCUGCUUUUGGAGGCGCUGGCGAAGUCCGAUGGGGGGUCCCGUCGGCGCAAGGCGGAGCGGCAGAGGGAUCCCGGGCAGUGA